GUUGUGCUGGAGUCGGCCAAAGUGCUGAAGACCAUAAGCGAGGUUUGCGGCAGCAUUCUGGUGGAAGUGUUGGAGUUGACCGCCGAGGACAGGUUUGAAUCUGGUGUACCUGCAGGCGAGCGGCAUUGGAGGCUGCUGCUGGCCUCGGCGACUGCCGUCUUGGACGACCGCCAAGCCUAUGCCGCUUACCAGGUCCGCCUUCCAAAGAUGGUUUGGGGCUUGUCGGAGGGUUCUACAGGAAACCCCAGGUACAGGCACAUUGACACGCUUUCGGUGAUCAACGUCCCAGAGAUGGAAAGCUUCAUAGGGUAUUGGCAGGGAGUUCUUCUCGAAAAUGCGAUGCAGCGUGCCGGCUUUAUGUACGGCUACUACCUGGAGGACAAGAACUACGACGAGGGCACACGUGCCAUCAUGGAGGCCAUCUAUGAACCGCAGCAAGAGAUGGCCGGAGAGGUCGCGGAGAUGGUCAAAGAUGACCAGGAGAUGUCCCGAGUCAACAGGAUAGCUGAAGCCCUGGGGCUCGAGUGCAUCGGAUGGGUCUUUACAUCUCUUCCCUUGGAGGAUGGCCUUCUUCUCUCCCCCGAAGAGGUGGUUCGAAUUGCGAGGCUUCAGAAUGACCACUCGACCGACAAGCAUUUUACAAAGUAUACUUUGUCCAAGUUCGUGUCGUGCGCUGUGCGCCCCGACCCUGCACAUAACGGAGCGCCUGGGAUCAACCCUUUCAUGGUCUCGGAGCAGGCCUGUGCCAUGCUCCGUGAUGGAAUCCUGACGGCCACGCCAAGCGAGCGACGGGCCUGCGUGGUCCGCGAG